CGAUGGAAGACGCUUGCUGCCUCCAUCGUAAAGGCCUUUGAAGUGAGAGCACAACAUCAUGUUCGAGCCGUACCCCGCGAAACUCUUGAUGGUCACCAGCACACUCUUAACACCUCUAAGAGGCAGUCUGCAUUCGUCGUACAAGCCAUUAGUUUGCAGCUUGAGCAAACCUCCAGGAGUCUUGACGCACGAGACGAUGGUACCGAGAGGAAGAAAGUUGACCGCUCCCCCAGCGUCUGGAGCGCAAGCACUGGUGGGAUUGUCAGAUGAGGUCAAGCUCCAGCGGGUCCUAAGAUAUGUCCUUCAUAGCCAUCAUCAGGAAGUGGGCAAGGUUAUGGAUGCCGCCAAUGGUAGUUGGGCGAGGUUCAGGGAUAUGAUGCGAAGAAAGUACAGGUUGGGGGAUGGCCUGCUGACCAUAGGGGAUUUGGAGGCAAUGAACAAGGAAGACUUCUCCACGAUUGGGGCCUUCGUGCACGAGUUUAAAAAGAAGGCAAGGAAGGUGCACGGGAUGUCCGAGGAGACACAGUGUGCCAUUUUCCUGGGGCUGCUUACCGGUUCGGAGGCCUCAGAACUGACGGGUCACGGAGGGGGAAGUGAGAAACUCACCUGGGCCACCAUCGACAAAGGAGUAGAGGAAGGGAGUUUGGACCAGGUGGAGCAACAUCAGGUGCGGCUGCAGAGACGUAAAAGGAAGGAAAGGGAUGCCACCGCGUCCGGGACUCCAGGGGUGAAGAAGAUUGUUACAGACGUGUUGGCGGCAUUGGGGUAUGAUGAUGAAGUGGAGGUGCAGAAGAGAGGAGUGAUUGUUGCCCAGGGUCGGGCGUCCGGGGCGGUGGAUGAAGAGGCAGGGAGAGAGGACUAUGGUGGAGAGGAAACAGGCUCCCAGAUCCUGACCAAGGCCCAGAGGAAGCAGCGCAACUUGCAGAUAGGGGGUCAAGGAUCGGGGAAGGGGCAAGCCCCGCAAGCAAUUGCUGCCCCGCCACCUACCGCCGCGACAACGCCAGCGUCAGCAGGGCCUUCGCACAUGGGGCCACCAUCACGUUGUGGGCACUGGGUGGACCUGGUGAUAAAGAAUCAGAAGUGCACUGGGAUGGUGAACACGGGCGCCGAGAUGAACAUCAUCAGGGAAAAGGAGGCGGUGAUGAUGGGGAUGGAGAUCGACCGCGCGGACCAUGGCAUGCUGCACGGUGCUAACUGCAAGGCCGCUUUUUGCGGCACGGCGUCCAAUGGUAUUAUAGAGAUCGGGAAAGUGCGGGCGAGGAUAUGCUUCUUCGUCAUGCCCGAUGUCGACCAUUCCAUUCUCCUGGGGAGGUCGUUCUUUUGUAGAACUGAGAUGUUAAUCUUCAACAAGCACGACGGGACAAUGAUCCUACUCUUAUGCGACCCAACGUGCGGGAACUAUGAAGUUAUCACCUGCCGAAACACGGGGCCGGGGAGCGAAAGGAACAGGCCUAACCUAGGCUCGUUCACCUUCGAGGAGUCGGAGAACGAGCGAAGAUGGCCUUGGGAGAUGCCCGAGGAAGAAGAUAGGGCUGAGGUUUUGACAUUGAGCCUCACGGAUGUGAACAAGGCCAUGGAGGUAGUUUCGACUCGUGACAUGGCAGAUCCGGAGGCCAUUAAGGCAUUGAGGGAGCUGAUCUUGGAGAACCCUCAAGUGGGAGAGGUGGAGUUGGUGUAUCGACUUCCAGGAGGGAGAGGAGGCCCUGCAAUGGCCCAGGCCCGAACGAGAAACGCUGCCCCUCUGGACGCGGAGGGCAAAGAGGCCCUUGGCAAGGCAGAUUCGGGACAGGGCAUGCGAUUGGGAGGACUGCCCGGCUCAGUUGAGACAGGCCUUCCCACGACUGGAGCCGAGAGACCAGAGCCCAGGGUGGAGAGGCGGCAGAGGAGUAAGAGGCCACGAGACCCAGAGGCGAGAGGGGCCACUACGACCCGAGGGGGUCGAAAGGCCUUGGCACAGCGAGAGGGGCUAGCGGAGGCCGCCCAGACGGUGGAGCCAGUUCAGGCCGCGGGGCCGGCACGGGCAGCGGAGCUACCCCCUGCUCACGGACUCAAGCGGGUGGAGUUUCGUCGGAUCACGGGCAGUGAUCUACGGGGUCUGUCGCCUGCGUUACCAGAGGAGGGGGAGGUUGUGCCAUUGAGGACGCCGCUCGACAGGCUGGAGGCUCACCUCGAUGCGUCCCAGUGGGGGGCGUCACAGCUGGGAGCGGACCAGGGUGGACCAACCUGGUAUGAACCAGUAGAGGAGGAGCCGGAGGAAAAGCGGCCUGAGGCGGGGCCUCGUGGACCCGAGGAGCCACAGACUGAGGGGAUUAUUACUGUUGGAGAUGAUACCACUCCUCCUACCCCAAUUCCGGAGCAGGUACCACAGUAUUGGCCUGAGGGAAUCCCCGAGCCGGGUAGCGAGGAGAUUCCAGUACCGCCAUUGGGAGCCAUUACGCCACCUCCGACGCGGGCGGGGCUACAGGAGGGCGAGAGGGCGAGGACACCUACUACUGUGGCGCCACAACUGACUGAGCCUACAGGAGAACGUAUGGACGAGAAGGUGCCGAUAUCCGGGAAGCCUCCGCCAGGGCCGCCACCUGCAGAGGAGGGGACGAGUGAGAGAGGCCCAUCGCGAGAGGCUCAUGAGGCGAGGGUAAGGAGGCCAUCGGGGGAGACGAGAGAAGAGAAGCGCGCGAGGGUGCAGGUACGUCUUGAGGAGUUAUACCAGGAAAAGCUCAGGAUGGAGGCCGCAGGGGAAGCGCCGAAGCCACCGAUUGACCCUCCGACGAGCGAACAGAGGAUUAGCGAGGCUUGGGCCAGUUAUGAGGGUAAGCGAGAUGCUGACCGAUCAAGCGCGCGAGAGGCAAGGCAGGAGGACGUGAGGGUGGACGAGGCACGAGAAACAGUGGACUUGGGGUUCUCAGCCGCCAGGAUGGCAAUCGAGCAUGUGGAUAAGAGGAUAGGUGAGGUGGCAAUCUCGUCCUUCCAGCGGUACUCCUUGCUUAGCGAUGAGUUAGCGGCCUCGAGGUUAAAGGUGGGGCAGUUGUCCACCCAGUUGGCGGAAGAGAGGACAGAGAACCAAGCGUGGAGGUCCCGCAUGAAGGCCAAAGAGGUGGAAUGGAAGAAGAGGCUCCAAGAUAUGGCGGCGAUGGUAGAGAGGAUCUCGGCCACUAAGGUGGUCGACUGGACGGAGCGGAUCCAGUAUGGUAUCCAGGGGAAGGAGGUACAGGGGCUCUUUGUCCGGGAAGGAACGAUAGAGACGCCACAACGAGAGGGAAUGGGGAAGGUGUUCCUGGAUUCGACAGAGGCGGCAGCAAAGCAGGAGGCCGAGGAGGGGAGGUUCAGCUUCAGGACUCCCACGGAGUUGGCCUCGCAGCAGGCCACCCCUAUGACGAUUGAGACUCCUAGGGACGAGCCGGCGUAAAGACCCCAACCUCCAGUGGUGAAGGGGGGCCCCACAGAGGAGUCCCCUAUGAUCCUUUUGGAGGUGCAGGAGGGUGCCCUCACGGGAGCUGCGGCAUCCACUGAGC